AUAAUAAAAUCUCGGCUGAGCAGACGAAUCAAUUCCAUAGAAUUUGGUGUAAAUUUUUUACCCUUUUACUGUAUUCUCGUGUAUAAAAGGCUCACCAGCCAUGCCCCAAAAUCUGUGCAUUCAAGAAAACAUUUGUGUGUGUGAAGAGGCUCAAUACAGGCAAAUGGGAGCAAGCUUUACGGUCCCACGUUCAAAAUCUUCCAAUGCAACAUUACAGGCAAAGGCUCCCACCAUUGUCGAGUGCCACACCAAACCUCAGUGGACAGCUCGUUUCGAAGCCUCAAAGGAGACAAACAAGCUUUUGGUGAUUGAUUUCACUGCUACAUGGUGUGGACCUUGUCGACACAUGGAGCCGACCAUCAAGGAGUUUGCUGCAAGGUUCGUGGAUGUCGAGUUCGUUAAAAUCGACGUCGAUGAGUUGACGGAUGUUGCAAGGGAAUAUGGUGUGGAGGCAAUGCCAACAUUCAUACUGAUUAAGAAUGGAAAGGUGAUAGACAAGGUGGUUGGAGCCAGGAAGGAGGACCUGCAAAAGAAGAUCGAGAAACAUAGUAAAUAUUGAUGAGAUUGCUCAUGAAGCUUCUCUACAAGACAGGAAUAAACAGAAAUAAAGAACCAGGAAUCUAGUUAUCUAGAACAAACAAAGUGGUGUUUAUAUUAUUGGUCCAGCCCGUUUGACUUGUGUUCAAAAAAUAUUCUAGCUCUUUCUUAUACUUUUCCAAUAUUAUGUGCUUCAAGAACAAAAUAUGAAGUAAAUUUCUCUCUUCCUCUCUCACAUAAGUACACACAUGGUAGCUAASCCAAACACAGUGAACUCAAGAAAUUCUGACAUGUUUCUGAUGGUUUGAUUGAUAGCACUUAUAUUGGAGGUUUCCAGAGGUAACCUAACAAUUCUGUGAAAUGGUAAAAAAAAAA